AGAAUGAAUGUGCAGUCAGAGCGCCAUGUUGAACAGUGUUGGUGUCACACACACAACCCAGCACAUUUAACACUAACGCAAAGACACCGUCAAUCUUGUGUGUUUCUUAAAAAUAAAGUUUCCAUCUCUCUUACACGGUUAGUUUGUACUUAUGCCGGCCAUCAUCACCGGAGGUUUGGGAAUGGAGGAAUUCAUCGAGCUGGCUCCCUUCACUGUGUGGAAAUGGUUUUAACAGACACAGAGUAACACAGAAACAGUUCAAACUCUGAACACUUAUUCAAACUGUUGCACAAUAGACUUUUUGAUUUGUAAGAAACUAAACGUAAUUUUUAUUUUCGACUCAAGGAUUUUAACACUACAUAUACCACCAUGCCAAGCUCUACAAUUCGGAGGCAAAUGAAAAAUGUGGUAAAUAACUAUUCAGAGCCGGAAAAAAAGGUCAGGGAAGCGACUUCCAAUGACCCAUGGGGCCCCUCUAGCUCACUGAUGUCAGAGAUAGCAGACCUCACUUACAAUGUGGUGGCCUUUUCAGAGAUAAUGAGCAUGAUUUGGAAGAGGCUGAAUGACCAUGGCAAGAACUGGCGUCACGUGUACAAGGCCCUGACGCUGCUGGACUACCUGAUCAAAACGGGCUCCGAACGAGUGGCCCUGCAAUGCAAAGAAAACAUCUUUGCUAUACAGACACUCAAAGAUUUUCAGUAUAUUGAUCGGGACGGCAAAGACCAGGGCAUCAAUGUCAGAGAGAAGUCCAAGCAACUGGUCGUGCUGUUAAAGGAUGAUGAGCGUCUAAAGGGCGAGCGCUCUCAGGCCCUGAAGACUAAAGAGCGCAUGGCGCAGGUUGCCACCAGUGUGGGCAGCAACAAUCAGAUCAGCUUCGGCCGAGGUUCCAGCCAGCCAAACUUAUCCACCAGUUAUUCAGAGGAGUACGGCAAGUCUGAGGGCUCACCUGCAUCUUAUCAUGGAUCCACAUCUCCCAAUGCAUCCUCAGAGUUGGAGCAGGCCAGGCCUCAGACUAGUGGUGAGGAAGAGCUGCAGUUGCAGCUGGCUCUUGCUAUGAGCCGAGAGGCUGCCGAGCAGGAGGAGAGGAUGCGCCGUGGGGAUGACCUGCGGCUCCAGAUGGCUCUGGAGGAAAGCCGCAAAGACACCACAGGGAAAGUGGCCAAGAAGAAGAAAGAGCCUCCAAAGUCUUCUCUGAUGGAUCUGAUGGACACAGUUCUUGUGGGCCCUGCCAAUCAAGCGGCAGACCCUUGGGGAGCUGGAGCUGCAGCAGCAGGCCCUACCUCAGACCCCUGGGAAUCCUAUGGUGCAGCCCCUAAGCCAGCUGCUCCUGUGGAUCCCUGGGGUCUUCCCAGUGCCUCUUCGUCAGUCACUCCUGUGAAGAGCAGUGACCCCUGGGGGUCGACCCCAGCUCCUGCAGCCGCUGAUCCCUGGGGCUCUAUGCCUGGCACCCGCCCUAAUGCCCCUGCCACAACCGGCAGCUUUGAUCUUUUCUCCACACCAAACGGUACUUCCAGGGAGGACCUCUCUGAGUUUGACAGUCUCCGCUCCUCAGCACUGACAGGAGAUGGUAGAGGGAGCUCUGCCUUGCCAUCACAGACCAGCUUGUCUAUGGGUUCAGACUUGUUUGACGUACCGAGCGGCCCAUCAAGAAAAACCCCUGAGUCUUUUCUGGGUCCCAAUGCUGCCCUUGUCAACCUGGACUCUCUGGUUAGCAAGCCACAACAGCCAGCUCCUGUUUUCAACCCGUUCCUUGCUGGAGGAGCAGCAGCUGCACCUGCAGCUCAGGUUAACCCCUUCCAGGUGAACCAACCACAGCCACCCACCCUCAACCAGAUGAGAGUCAGCCCCAUGAUGGGCUUGUCUGGUCAGGGCUUCGACGGCCUGGAUCAGAGAAACAACGAGCCCUUGCCUCUGUCCUCUAUACCCCCAGUUGCCCCUGUCUCCAUGGUACCCAUGGCUCCUCUUGGGCCGGUGGGCCAGAUGAUGCCAAGCAUGGGUAUUCCUGCCUCCAUGUCCAUGCCUCAGCCUCUCAUGACCGGAGGGCUGCAGACCACGGGCACAGCAACGCAAACCGGUGGUGCUACUAACCCCUUCUUAUUGUGAGGAACAAUAUAGGCUGCCUCUACCCCAGACCCACACAAAUCUUUCUCCCAUAACUUUUCCUACGGUAUAAACAACAAAGUCUGUUGUGUUCCCCAGACCAGUGUGCUAUUUUGAGAAUUUUUGGAGUAGCAGUGGUGUUUACAGUUUUUACACUGGCAGGUGAUUCCCUUCUCUCCUGUCUGAGAUAGGUACCAUACAGUGAUUUGGUAUUCUUUUCUAAAUUUUCUCAAAUAAACCAUUAGCGAUACUGUCUAGGUGUGGUAUUUUAUCCCCACAAAUCCUAAACGUGUGGGAGCUCUCCUCACAUUCAAAGGGGGUCCUGAAUUUUAACUACUUUUCGAUUGCUUACUUUUCUUAUAAGAGGCUUGAAACUAGGAGUAUGUUUUUGUCUUAAUUUUACCAAUUUCUAGUCUUUCAAAGCAGUGUAAUAGAUAAAGCUGACCCUUUUAAUCAAAGCAGCCUGUGUGUUCUACGUAGCGCAUAUACACUAUGUGUAUUUACAGUAUGCUUAUGUAGACCGUUACAUAUGAUUUUGAUGUUCUAAGCAGGAAUUUUGCACAUGCUCUUGAUUUAUCUCCUUUUAGCUCUUUAGCAUGAGAAACAAUUUCACUAAGACACAAGACAUUUCCUAAUCAAGCAAAGGAAAAAAAUCAACCCAUGGCGCGCACACACACGCAGUUUGGUUGAAUGCUAAGGACUAGGACCAUGUGUGAAUGGUUUCAAACCUGAUGCAUUGAAAGAUGAACUUCACACUGAUGUGGAGAGUUGUUCUUUUUCCUUUUCUUUUGUAAUGCAUUAUGGGGAGGUGGUUUGCAUAUCAUAAUAUGGCUCUACUUUUAUACCGAAGCCUGUUUUUUUACUGCUUUACAAUCUCGUGAAGUUGUUUAUUGGGUGAAUGGGGUAUUUUGAUUCAGUGCAGCUCACUGUUUGCACAGCGCCUCCAUAGUUGACAGCUAAUCAAUACUAAUGAUUAGAAUUCAUCCGCCUGAGUUGUUCUGUCACAGUGAGUAUCAGUCUGAAAUGUUUCUGUUACUUUUUAUUUAUGUGUGUGGAAAAUUGAGCAAAGGGAAUUGGGAGGAUUAGAAUAUUGUGUAUAUUUCUUCAUCAGGUCCUAAUGCAUCUUACUGUUAUAACUGUAUCACUAAUCACUGCUUCCUGAUGCAAUCUGUUCAUGUAUCUUGGAUAAAAGCCAAGCAUAUAUCAGAGCUUGCUGUUUUUAACAAAAUCCUCAGUUUUGAUGGAAAAGCUAAUAUGCUUAUAGUGUUAUAAGAAUGAGUGUGGAUGUUCAGAGAGGUUAUUAUUAAAAAGGUGAGUAGAUGUGACUUAUUCUCUAGAUAUUUGUUCAUCUUCACCUUUUUUUUUUUUUUUCUUUCACAAGGAUGUGGUUUUAAUGUUUGUUAGGGGUCAAGUUUCAGCAUCUGUGGUGUGGUAAAGCGAGAAUUAAAGUGAUUGAAUUGCACCGCAUUGAAAUAAUGAGUUUAUUUUGGCCUAGGUUUGAUAUGCACACGUUAUCAUAAAAUGAGGCAUACACUAGACGCCUUUCAUAUCAGAAUGAUGACUUGGCUAGUCUUUUGUGAGAGGACUUGUAUGGCUUGUCUAUACAUUUUAUUUUAGUUUAACCAGUGAAGCACAACAUGGCAACAUCUCCCCCGAAAUCGUAGCUCCCACAGUGACAUCGCUUGUCCUUUUCAAAUGCAUUGCUGCAGAACUUUUUUCAUUUCUCCUCCAAAUAUCACUUUCUGCCUUUUCUUUCUCAAUUACUGCAAGCAUACAAUUUCUAGUUCUCUCAUUUUGUGAGCUAGUGACCUCUGCUGGAAAUAUUGUGGCCGUUUUGCCCAAGUGCAGCCGUGUAGCAGAGCCUGGGGUGUGUUUAUUGUCCAUAAUCUGCAAGCAUACUCAGGCAUUUUGGGGGAAUGGGGGUGGGUAAGACUGCUUUAAGAUGUAUGAAAUGCGCUUUUGAUGGAUAUGAUGGUCUAAGCAGGUACAAAUCCUGCUUAAUAAGACUCCCUGCUAGUGAGCAUCACUGUACUCAUUUAUGCAGACUAGUUUUACCAUGAUUUUACUUUUGAAUCCAUACAAUAUCUAGCUCAUUUUGUCUUGUUUUGCUGUCAUGUAUCACUUCUGUUACCAUGUACUCAUUAUGCAUUUAUUGUGGAGGACUAACCUUGUGAACAUGCAUAACACAUUUUAUUUUUCCAUGUUGUUGUGUCUUGUGUAUUUACCAAACUGUCUCAUAUUACUGGGAGCAGGCUGCUUUUUAUGGAUAUGUGCUCAACUUGUUGGCAUUAUAACUGUAUAAUAUAAUUUAUCAUCUGUUCUAUUGUAACAUAUUUUUCUGUACCUUAUUUCUGUGUUAUGGUUUUGUAGGAAAGUCACAUGAAGAGUGUGAUGUUUUAUUGCCAUCUUAAUCGCAGCAAGUGAUAAAGGACCUGUAGCUGCAUUGGUUAAAAUAAAUUGUAUCAAUGACUUUU